AUGUCAUUGGAUUUAUCUACGUUAUCACAGGACCUUCAAUUCCUAUUACGCAAUUUCCCCCACUAUAUCAAUUUCAAUGAACAAUUUUACUUUACCUUGGCCGCUAUUGCAUUCAAUCCAAUCUUUUGGAACACAGUUGCACGUUUAGAAUACAACACCCAUUUCUUGACUAAAUUAGCUGGUGGCUCAGCCAAGAUUGGAUGCUAUCUUUUGGCAUUGACCAUUUUCUCCUUGGGAAUUUAUCGUGAUUCAGUAUAUCACAAUUUGUUAUUGAAUCAACCAACUUAUCAGCCAUUGAUUGAUUCUGUUGUCAUUAAAGCAGUGGCAAUUGCUAGUUUUGGGUUUGGUAAUGUAUUGGUGUUGUCGUCAAUGUGGGCAUUGGGUAUAACUGGUACUUAUCUUGGUGAUUAUUUUGGAAUCUUGAUGAAGGAAAGAGUCACUGGAUUUCCUUUCAAUAUUAAUGAUAACCCCAUGUAUAAUGGAUCAACGUUGUGCUUCUUGGGUACAGCCUUGUGGUACGGUAAACCGGCUGGGUUGGCAAUCACUUUGUUUGUGUUUGUAAUGUACAAAAUUGCAUUGUUGUUUGAAGAACCAUUCACUGCAAAGAUUUAUGCUAAUAGAGCCAAGUUGGAAUAG